GAGCCUUGUAAUUUAGGACUUGAGAAGGUAGAAGGGAACCAGUUAAACUUGCGGGAGGUGUUCCCAACAAAGAAGUCCCUUGGCAUCAUGUUCCCCACCCACUUCUUUGUUUCUGGUGUAUGCCUCUUAAUUUGUUUUCAUCAGUUUGUUGUCAUUUUAGGUCAGUGAAGUGGACUGCUAAUAACUUGGUAUUAAUAAUGUCUUUAUAUGGGCACUGCGUCUUGGUGGGAGCUCAGAGAAUUGUGCUCUGGGGAUGUCAUGAAGUGUGAUGGGCAGCCGAGUGUCUUCCACAACCCAGAGGUGUAAUUGGUUCAGAGGAAAUACAUCUUUGAGGCUAAUAUUACCUGUCUUUCUCCAAUUCCCUAUAUAAACAUGUUUGGAGAUAUUACAUUGAUGAUUGGAAGCUGUCAGGAUACCAUGCCCAAUAACGUGGUUAAAGGAUAUUAGGCAAUCUUUCUCAAAGACUGAGAAGCCAUUGUGAUUAACCUGUUCAAUAAUAACUCUGAAGGCAAUAUAUUCAUAAGCAUGUAUUUAUCACCAGCCACGUAAUUAAAAUGCCAAUCUUCUCUACAAUUUCAGAAAUCUCAGCCUCCUUAAAAAGCCCUCAAGAGCCUCACCAUCAUUAUUCAGCCAUUGAAAGGAAUAAUUUAAUGAGGCUUUCUCAGACUAUACCAUUUACACCAAUCCAACUGUUUGCGGGAGAAGAGGUAACUGUCUACAGGCUGGAGGAGAGUUCCCCUUUGAAUCUUGGGAAAAGCAUGUCUUCUUGGUCCCAGCGAGGAAGAGCCGCAAUGAUCCAGGUGCUGUCCCGAGAGGAGAUGGGCGGCGGGCUCCGCAAAGCCAUGAGGGUCGUCAGCACCUGGUCCGAGGAUGAUGUUCUCCGGCCAGGGCAGGUUUUCAUCGUGAAGUCCUUUCUACCUGAGGUUGUGCAGUCAUGGCACAGAAUCUUCCAGGAGAGUACUGUGCUUCAUCUUUGCCUCAGGGAAAUUCAACAACAAAGAGCUGCUCAAAAGCUUAUCUAUACUUUCAACCAAGUGAAACCACAAACCAUUCCCUACACGCCAAGGUUUCUGGAAGUUUUCUUAAUCUACUGCCAUUCGGCUAACCAGUGGUUGACCAUUGAGAAGUAUAUGACGGGAGAGUUCCGGAAGUACAACAAUAACAAUGGUGAUGAAAUUGCCCCCAGCAACACCUUGGAGGAGCUGUUGUUGGCUUUCUCUCACUGGACCUAUGAGUAUACCCGGGGAGAGCUGCUGGUUUUAGAUCUGCAAGGUGUUGGGGAAAAUUUGACUGAUCCAUCUGUUAUAAAACCUGAAGACAAACAAUCAAGAGGAAUGGUGUUUGGACCAGCCAAUUUAGGGGAAGAUGCAAUUAGAAACUUCAUUGCGAAACAUCGUUGCAACUCCUGCUGCCGGAAGCUCAAACUCCCGGAUUUAAAAAGAAAUGACUAUUCCCCUGGAAGGCUAAAUUCCACUUUUGGACUUGAUACCAAAAUAGAACCAGCCGAGGGGCCUCCGGCGAGGGAAGGGGGUGGGAAUUCUCCAGAAGACCUCACACGACUGUGAAAAAGGGGAAGGAGAGGCAAGAGGACACCAGUACUUGCCCUCCCUUCGGUGGACUCUGUGGGAACAAAGACCGACCGGAGUAACAUCCAUGACACCGGAGCCUCUGUCAGGACGGCCUUACCCCGCGGCCCUCCUUGAGACGUGCCUUCCGAGCCUCAAGUGUUGUCCUGCCUCAAGACCUCAUUGGUGUAGAUGGCUGGGCUCCCCCGGAUGCUGCCCUGUGUGUGCAGUGCUUUGCACGUGUUCGUCCUCCUGUAGUUGGGAAGGAAGACACUCGGACGAGCCCCUGGGGAUGCUGCUCCUUCAUACCUCAUUGCUUUAGCCGGUUGCUUAGAACCCUUGGAGCAGGACGGUGGGCACUGAAGGACCAGGGAGAUGAAUUUAAUUUAUUUCCUCGCUGCACUGUGUAUGCCGACUCUAGCCCCCACCGCGAUUCGUUACCUCACCCACACGUUGUGUUUCUGUAGGGACACGCACAUUAAAAAGGCAUUUGACUUCUCCUCUCUCCUUUCCUGAAGCGUAGGGCUUUAAAGAGCAACCACAGGGAAAACGGUGGAAUGGGUGUAUUUGCAUAGACUGGAGCACACUCCCGCGCAGUCUCACCGGUUAAAAAAGUUAGGAUCCUGGUGAAAUCUAGAUGGGGCUGAGGUUUUGUCAGUGAAUCACACGAUGCCUGGACACUUCAGUUUCCUCUGAAAGAAAGGAAAAGGGAAAUCUAAAACAAAUGCUCCUGCAUCCUUCUUCAUUUUUUUUUUUAAAGGGGAACAGGGAUAUGUAGAAGUAGAAAUUGCCAAGAAAUAUCUUCCCUUCCCUUAAGCUCAGGAGUACCGUCAGUUAGAGUUGGCUAAGCCAAACUCUAAAACCUGACUCCCUUUUCCAAAGCUUCGUAUAUAAUAUUAUGGGCUAAGUUACUCUGUCAGGUCCUCGGGGGAAAGAUGAUGUUUUUGACUGAAAACGCAUUUCAAAGGUGUUUGCUUCAUCCCAGUGCAGAGGGCUGGUGGCUUAUAGAGGGCCAUAGCGUACAUUUCAAGUACGGCCCGAGAACAUGGUAUCAGUUUCAGAGGCUCAAAGGAAGGCUGCCAGGACACUGCACUGCACAGAACCUUUGGGGGAUCAGCCAUCACUCUGUUGUACUGAUCGGGGUCACCCCACCUCAGAACUAGCAUGAGCUUUUUACACAAGGAGGGAAUGGAGAGUUUGGAAAAUGUCAACUCCUCUUUAUCUCUAGCCCUUACAUUAGCUGGUUUGCUUUUUAAGUGACAUGCCUGCAUUUCUAGGUUAUGCUUCAGGGGAAAAGUUGCCCAGGCAUUCAGGGCUGGAGAGCUACACAUUCAGGUUGCCAAGGGUUGUAGACACAACACACGAUUCUUGUGUGGCUUGCGAAGGACUAAUUUCUACCCAUUUUACUCUGGUCUUGAGAGUGGCGGUGGGCAGGAGAUUGGGUGGUUUCUUGAUUGUCAAUGGGGAUAAAAUGUUCACGCUUUUUUCAGAGCUUACCUGCUUUACCCUACUCUGAAAAUCAGUAAGGGAUCUACGAGUACCUCAGUGCUGUGUUCAACUGUGGAAAGAGGCAGGCAUUAAUUGAUUGGUCAAAUAUUUGUUAUCUGGAAUGGAACUUGAAAACAAAUGCAUUUUGAUUUCAAAUUUCUGUUAUGCGCUUCCCUUCCCUCCCCUCCCCUCCCCUCCUCUCUCGUUUUCUUCCCUUCCCUUCCUUUCUCUUUCCUUUCCUUCCUUUCCCUUCCCUUCCCUUCCCUUCCCUUCUCUUCCUUUUUUUUUUUUUUUCAGAAAAAUCACCAGAAUAAUAUCUUAAAAAUAUGAAAUGCUGGGCAAAGAUCACUGUAGGACUGCUUGCAUGCAAAUACCGAUGUGACAGUCAUGACUUUUGAGCGAUUCAUGAUCACAGAAGGGUGGAUAUUCAUUCAUUCAUUCGGUCAGUUUUAUUCAACAGAUAUUUACUAAGUGCCUUCUCUGUACUGUGUCAGUGACGAGGAUGCAAUGAACAGAGCAUUUCUUCACCCUUAAAAAGCUUUAUGUGUCAUGUUUCUUUCUGUUUUUUUUUUUUUCCUUUGGUACCAAGUUGGGAUUUCUGGUUAAUACUAAAAAACAAAAACAAAAAGACUCCUGGGGGGAAUAUUGGAGGCAGUGAUGUGUCCCAUGUUUCAUCUGACAGUGGGUGUAAGUCUGACUUGUAUAAGAGAAUUGGGGAAAGCAAGAAGACCUGGCUAGGGCUGGUGUUAGGAACCACUGAGGAAAAAUGAACUGCCCAAUUCUCACAUGAGCACAAAGCCCAUGUCACAGAUGGGAUCUGAAUCAGGGGAUCGGAGAGGCAGCCAGGUUCCCAGGAAUCCUUCCUGCAGGUACCCUAUGUACAUGUUUUCCUUUCAGCGAGGCUGUGUGUUCCUGGAGUGACUUCUGCCCAUGACAUCUUAAAGCCUCUGAGUGCUCUGGGGGAAUGAGAUCAGAUAUAGUUUUGGGUGUUCCUCACCCUGUUACUAUUUUCUGUGGCUUUGCAAAACAAGUUCUAGGUGACUAAGACUUCCUAAACAACCAUUCACCGAAUGUUUAAAACACAAUUGUAUUUUCUUGGUGGUUGUUUGUUACUGUUUGAGAUGAGAUGGAUCACUAAGGUUCUAGAAGUCAUGACACAGAAGCCCCUGUCAUGGUUUGUUGUCUUUCUCCAAUGGUCACCAGCAUCUAGCACUAAACAUGACACAUUAUGAGCUUUUGACAUUAUUUAUUGAAAGAAAUAAUAAAACCUGCAAAUGAUCAUGGAUUUCAUUCACUAGGUAAUAAAUCAGAUUUGCAUUUUUAAUCUAGAAGGGAAUGAUUACCAAUUCCUUAAGACCCAACACAAUUCUUUUGAUCUCUCUCUGUUUUAAUUUUCCAGGAAAUAGCUUUUAACAACCUACACCUUGUCUAUUGAAUUUUCCACCAGUUCUUGCCCUUAUCACCGUUG